GGCUGGGAGGCGUUAAGUAAUAGGGCGUAAGGAUUUCGCGUCCAUUCAUUUGCAGAGAGAGCCCCCAUUUAAAUGUAGAAGUGGGUGAAGGGGAACUACAACACUUUAGUCUAUCAACAUUAAAACAUUUACGUUUUUCAAGGUAAAGGCACCAUCAUCUACAAAAGGGGGAUAAUCAGGAAAUGUCAAAAUUAUUCCGAGCCGUUAUCAUGGGUCCGCCAGGUUCGGGGAAGGGGACGAUCUCGGAAAGAAUUGCGCAGAGCUUCGGCCUACAGCAUCUGUCCAGCGGCGACUUUCUCCGAGAAAACAUUGCUGCAAACACUGAAGCUGGAGUCUUGGCUAAAACGUACAUAGAGAAACGUCUGCUGGUGCCAGACCACGUUAUGACCCGCCUGCUGCUUCCCCGGCUGGAGGAGAUGACCCGUCACAGCUGGAUUUUGGAUGGUUUCCCACGGACUCUAGCCCAGGCUGAAGCCCUGAGCCGUGCCUGUGAGCUGGAUGUGGUCAUUAGCCUCAACAUCCCCCUGGAGACGCUGAAGGAAAGGCUUAGGCACCGCUGGAUCCAUCCGGCCAGCGGGAGGGUUUACAACUUGUGCUUCAACCCUCCUCGCGUGCAGGGUGUGGAUGAUAUUAGUGGGGAACCACUGAUUCAACAUGAAGAUGACAGACCAGAGGCUCUCGUUGCCAGGCUGAGGCACUACAAAGAUGUGGCUAAGCCAGUCAUAGAUUUAUAUAAGGCCAAGAACAUCUUGCACACAUUCUCAGACACAGACACGGAUCGGAUCUGGCCCCAUAUCAGCUCACUUCUCAAUACCAAGAUCCGCACAGACCAGUCGAGUGCACAGAGGGCUUCAACCAACUGAAGCAAGAGUUCACUGUCUAAGUGGCAGCACAGCAUGGUUCACUUCACAUUUCUUACGCCUUCACUACUCAGCAACAGUUCUCUAGGCAUUCCUCAUUUAUAAUGUGAAUGCAGUGCAGCAAGAAAGAACCAGCUGACACAUGGAUAUGCUCUUAAUGUGUGAUUUCAGAUGCAGAAAAGAACAUACUAAAGAAAUGCUGGUUACUUUUUUUGUCACUCAUUAGCUCAUAUUUAAAGUAGCUUUUGUUUUGCUAAUCAUGGAUUAAUCAUGGCCAAUUAACCCAGACCUUAUUACUGAUUCAAGUUUUUACUUUUCCAACCAUAAAUGGUAAAAAAACAAAAUAGAUGUUCUCCAUAUUUGCAUUAAGGACAGAAUUCCAUAUGACAUAUUUACUCCUGCAAUAUAUUAGUAAUUGCACAUGAAUCACAUGAGGAUAAUGAAAAUGUCUUCUAGAAAAAAAUGCUGCUACAUGACGCAUC